UUUCCAUUUGGUUCAAAAUCCAUCCACAUUUACAAAACAAAACCCGACAAUGUCGCACCAAUCUGGCAUCACUGCGUCCCGCGAGCUCUCGGCGUACUUUUCCGAAAUCCAUCAGGCCGACAACGUCCGUGCCAUCAAGGUCAACAUCUCUGGCGAAUCCCUCGUCAAGGCAACCUCGCAACCCGUGCGCGGCACCUGGGAGAGCGAUUAUGACAGCUGCGUGACUCCUCUGCUCGACGAAAAGGCCCCCUCUUACAUUCUGUACCGCUUGGACUCGUCGAACGCCCACGGUUAUGAGUGGAUUCUGAUUUGCUACGUUCCCGACUUUGCCAUGGUCCGCGACAAGAUGCUUUACGCAUCCACCCGCGCCACCCUCAAGAAGGAGUUUGGCGAUUACCGCGUUGUCGACGAAGUCUUUGGCACUGCUCCUAGCGACGUCAGCCGCGACGGUUUUGCCAAGCACGUUGAGGCCAACAACGCACCCCCGCCGCUCUCCCGAGAGGAGAUUGAAAAGUCUGAAAUCAAGGCUCGCGAGGUCGGUGUCGACAUUGGCGCCAGCACCAAGCGCGCGCACAUGGGUGCUGUUCACUUCCCCGUCUCUGACGCUGGUCUUGCCAAGCUCCGCGCCCUCCAGGACGGCUCUGUUUCCUACGUUCAGCUGUCCAUUGAUAUUUCUCGCGAGACUAUCGAGCUCGCCUCUGCCGAGAACAUCCAAGCAAGCCAAAUUGCCAGCCGCAUCCCCGGCGACCAGCCUCGUUACCACUUCUUCCGCUUUACCCACCAGCACGAAGGCCAGCGUCUUGAGCCCAUCGUUUUCAUCUAUUCGUGCCCCGGCUACGCCUGCAAAAUCAAGGAGCGCAUGCUCUAUUCUUCUGGCAAGAACCCGAUUCUCAGCGUUGUCGAGGACGAUCUUGGUAUUACCGUUGACAAGAAGCUCGAAGUCUCCGAUGCUGCAGAGGUCACUGAGCAAUUCAUCUUUGAAGAGUUCCACCCUAAGGCUGUGGAGGCCAAGAAGGCUUUCGCAAAACCCUCGGCACCCGGCAAGGGCGGUCGCCGACUUCUCCGCACCACCGAGGAUGCCUAAAAGAAUGCCGCAAAACGACGAAGAAAAAAAAAGCGCGCACUUCUUGUUUUGAUUGCGUGUUGACUUUGACGUUUUGAUACGUGCCUGUGAAUUGAAUUGAGCCAUUUUUUUUUUAACAGUCCGAACAAUUUCCGAAG